UAGCAUGGCCCGGAGAAGCGCCUUCCCCGCCGCCGCGCUGCGGCUCUGGAGCGUCCUCCCGUGCUUGCUGGCCCUGCGGGCGGAGGUCGCGCCGCCGCGGGAGGAGAGCCUGUACCUGUGGAUCGACGCUCACCAGGCGAGAGUGCUCAUAGGAUUUGAAGAAGAUAUCUUGAUUGUUUCAGAGGGGAAAAUGGCCCCUUUUACGCACGAUUUCAGAAAAGCACAACAGAGAAUGCCAGCCAUUCCUGUCAAUAUCCAUUCCAUGAAUUUUACCUGGCAAGCUGCAGGGCAGGCAGAAUACUUCUAUGAAUUCCUGUCCUUACGCUCCCUGGAUAAAGGCAUCAUGGCAGACCCAACCGUCAAUGUCCCUCUGCUGGGAACAGUGCCUCACAAGGCAUCAGUUGUUCAAGUUGGUUUCCCGUGCCUUGGAAAACAAGAUGGAGUGGCAGCUUUUGAAGUGAAUGUGAUUGUAAUGAAUUCUGAAGGCAACACCAUCCUACAGACGCCUCAAAAUGCAAUCUUCUUUAAAACGUGUCAACAAGCCGAAUGCCCAGGAGGGUGCCGAAAUGGAGGCUUUUGUAAUGAAAGGCGCAUCUGCGAGUGUCCUGAAGGAUUCUAUGGCCCUCACUGUGAGAAAGCCCUUUGCAUGCCACGGUGUAUGAACGGCGGCCUCUGUGUCACUCCCGGGUUCUGCAUCUGCCCACCUGAAUUCUAUGGAGUCAAUUGUGAUAAAGCAAACUGCUCAACUACCUGCUUUAAUGGAGGAACCUGUUUCUACCCUGGAAAGUGUAUUUGCCCUCCAGGACUAGAGGGGGAACAGUGUGAAAUAAGUAAAUGCCCACAACCCUGUCGAAAUGGAGGUAAAUGCAUUGGUAAAAGCAAAUGUAAGUGCUCCAAAGGUUACCAAGGAGACCUCUGUUCAAAGCCUGUCUGUGAGCCUGGCUGCGGUACACAUGGAACUUGCCAUGAACCCAACAAAUGCCAGUGUCAAGAAGGCUGGCAUGGAAGACACUGCAAUAAAAGGUACGGAGCCAACCUCAUGCACGCCCUGAGGCCAGCAGGCGCCCGGCUCAGGCAGCACACGCCUUCACUUAAAAAGGCCGAGGGGAGGCAGGAUCCACCUGAAUCCAAUUACAUCUGGUGAACUCCGACAUCUGAAACGUUUUAAGUUACACCAAGUUCAUAGCCUUUGUUAACCUUUCAUGUGUUGAAUGUUCAAAUAAUGUUCGUUACAGUUAAGAAUACUGGCCUGAAUUUUAUUAGCUUCAUUAUAAAUCAUUGAGCUGAUAUUUACUCUUCCUUUUAAGUUUUCUAAGUAUGUCUAUAGCAUGAUGGCAUAGAUUUUCUUGUUUCAGUAUUUUGGGACAGAUUUGAUGUUAUGUCAGCUGAUCAGGUUAAAACUGUGUCUUUUCAGAUGUGUAGGUGGCAAAUUAUUUCCAAAAUUGCAAUGCAUUCACCGUAUCAAGGGGCUGGGGAACACUGGAAAAGGUACAUGCAACAAAAAUGCAUAAGUCACAGCGUUUGGAUGAAGCAGUUAAUUGUGUUGAAGUUACAGCAUUUCUAAUGUUAUCGUGGUAUAUUUAGACAUUUGUCACAUUUUUUAAAUUCCUCUUGUUUUUAAACUCUCAGUAGAAUAUAUUUUGACCUUACCAUGAUUCUAGAGAAUUCAGAAGAAAGAAAGAAAGAAAGAAAGAAAGAAAGAAAG